AUGAGCGAGUGGAUUGCCUUUCUCUCUUUCGACCUAAUGGGGUUGAUCGCCUUCGGCAAGGAUUUCAACCAGCUCGAAAGUGCCGUUGAACAUGUUGCUAUUCAGCGUCUACACGCUACUCUUGACCUUGUAGGGAGACUUGCCCCAGUCCCGUGGCUACUUGGACUCUUAAUCUCCAUUCCAAAACUAUCGGGUAGCUACAUUGAGUUCAUUAAGUAUUGCUGGGUCCAGGUUGAAGAGAAAAAGAAGCGAUGGCUUUCCAAAUCAGAUCAAGUGCCUGCCGAUAUAAUUUCGUGGCUCCUACAAGCUAUCGGAAAGAAAGAUGCUUCUGCUCCGCCUGGAGAUCAGGCCUUGCAUGAAGACGGUCGGUUGAUGAUUAUAGCUGGAAGUGACACUAUUACCAGCACGAUUGCUAAUGCGCUGUACUAUCUGGCAAUGCACCCGUCAAAGUACCACAAGCUCCAACUCGAAACUGACAAAAUUCAACUUCCUCACAACAAAGACAACCCUAGUAUUUCUUCAGCUGCCUUUGAUGCUUGCCAGGUCUCCGAACUGCCUUAUCUUGAUGCAGUGAUCAACGAAGUUUUACGCCUCAAGCCAGCAUCUCCGAGCGGACAGCCUCGGGUAACCCCGCCGGAAGGCCUCCAAAUCGACGAGGUCAGGGUUCCGGGAAAUGUCAUAAUCACAGUACCUCAACAUUCGAUCCAACGAGACGAGCGGAACUUUGCUGACGCCAAUGAAUUCCGACCGGAACGGUGGAUCAAUGAGGACUCGGAAGUGCAUCGCGAAGCUGCAUUUUUUCCAUUCUGCAUCGGUGGGUUGAGCCUUAUAUCUGCAGCCCGGCCAAUCAUUCCUGACGUCAACAGGUCCCUUGUCGUGUCCUGGUAA